AUGCGGGAACUGGAAACGCCGCGAGAGGGAGCGGGCGCGACGGCGCAGCUUUCGGACCCGCGGAUCGGGGUCGCCACGAGGAAGGUUGGAGAGGACCUGGCAGAGAUGGGAUUUGGGGGGGCACAUGGCUACUGUGGCAGAAAGCAGGUCAUGGAGGCUCAGGAGUGCUCUCCUGGGGGACACCAGUUUCUUCAGAGCCCUUAUAGAAGUGUCCAUUUUGACUCCCUGCGCCUCCAGCAGUUAGCCAUUCAAGACCUGAUAUGUGACCACUCCCUUUCUCCCCGAUGGUAUCUAUUUCUCCUCUUUGACAGACCUACUAAGAUGCCAACCAAAUGUGUUGAGAUGAACCACUGCACAACACAGGUCCCCAUCUGCCUGUCUCUGAACGAUUCAGAAACACUACCUCCACCUGGGGAGAUCAAGCAAUUGACAGCUUGUGCCAAAUGGCAGUUUUUGUUUAGCACUACAAAAGACUGCUGUCUUUUUCAAAUCCCAGUGUCCAUAAGAAAUUGUGGCAAGUUUUUUGUGUACUUACUACAACUCACUCAGGGAUGUAUGGGAUAUUGUGCAGAAGGGUUCUUUGCCAAGAUGUUCAAAUCCCCAAAAAUAUUUGUUAAUGUGAAAGUAUCAACAGUAAAUAUCAGCAGUGAUAAUGGAAGCCCCAAAAUUGAGCAAACUUUUAAUAAUUGUGUUGCUUUUAUUAAUGAAUGGAGGAUUUUACCAGGAAAAAGCAUGUUUGACACAAUGACAGUUUCUCUGCCAUCACCUAGAAAACAGUCCUAUUGUAGCUGCUCAAUGGACACUACUUCACUGUAUCCAUCUUCUAAUCAUCUGUAAAGUGUUUCUCAAUCAGAGAUUGUUUCAGCUUGCAAAGACCCCAAACAUGUCAAAUUCACUUCCUUGAUACCAGAGCUAGAUGUCACCUCUGAAUAUAUUAAUUCAGAAGCUCCUGUCAGAGGAAUAAACAAGCAUACAUCUUGAGAAAAAAAUAAUUUGGAUUUCUUUCCUCAAGAAAAAAAGCAUGUGAAUCUAACCAAUCUGGACUUAAAUUUACAAAAACAUCCUGGGAAUGAAAAACAAGAUGCAUCAAAAACUUUGGACAAGGGGAAACCUACAAAGGACCAGGGUAAUCACAGCCAAGAAACAAGGUGGGAUCGACAAAACAGAUGGAAACAGCAAAACUUCAGUGAGUUUCUUCCUUUGUUUGCUUUUCAAAGUCUCAGCCAAAGUGACCUAGAAGAGUUUACUUACUUUUUCCCUGAGGACCACACUGAAGAUGUCCACCAAGAGUUUGUCCCCACGUGGCCCACACCAUCUGGCCACACCGAAUACAGCACAUCGGCACUAUGUCAGCACACUCUUGCCAACUCCAGCAUAGGAAUGCACUGUCUUGCCUUUCUUGGCAAGAGACUAGACAGUGUGAUAGAGAUGUGUUUUAAGGAUGUUCUCCUAAAAGAUGAUCUUAGCUGGGCAGAAGCAGGUGUGGCCCUUUUAGAAAAUGAAUGUAAAAAGAGGAUUUUGGAAGAGGGGAAAUAUAACAGAGAAGAAUACAGCAAGUCAAUUAAAGACAUUCUCUUGUCAUUAAAAUGCCCCAAUUUAUGCAGUGGCCAUGGGCAGUGUAUGGAAUGGGGGUGUGCAUGCUCCCCAAGCUUUAGUUCCUAUGAUUGCAGUGAUUCACACGACAAGGUUCCUGAAAUUAUAGAACUUGAGAAUGCUGGACUGUGUAAUAUUCAAAAAUAUAACUGUAUGAUGGUGAGAGUUUUUGGUCAACGCUUCAAAGAAUCACCUUCAAUUAAAUGUGAAGUUACUAAACUGAAGUAUAAUAGCAGUAAAUGUGCCCUUGGAGAAACCAUCUAGGCACAUACUGUUUUUCAAAAUAGCAGAACUGUUGAUUGUCAGCUGCCCGCUGAUGUUCAGCAGUCUGGUACCAUGGAUCUGAUGGGUGAGAAACCAAUCGUGAAGUAGCAAAUAAAGGUAUCUAAUGAUGGUUAUAUGUUGUUCAGUAAUCCCCAACUAAUGAUCAUACAUGAUGGGGCUUGUCAAAGUCGUGGUCUCUAUGAAGAGGACUCAUGUACUAUAAAGGUAUCUUCCGCUAAGGUGCUUGGUCCUUCCGAGGAAGCUAAGGCCGCGUUGGGGUGA